UGCAUUUCGUGAGGUGCGCAGGACGCUCCGCUUUCCCCAAAUCCGUUUCCCUCUUUCCUCUCCGCUUCUUCCUCUCGCUUCUAAUUCUUUUUUUUUUGCCCUUUUGGGUUGCUCGAUCUGUCAGGGUCGGUUUCUCCUCAUGCUUCCCGUUCGUCGGCGGCCUUUCUCUCGGGAUUUUGCUGCUGUUUCCGCUGCUGGUGCUCGGAUUUGGCUCCUCGGGGUUGCUUCCUCCUAGUCCGCACUCAUGGCAGCUCUUGUCAAACGAGGAGGCAGUGAUGAUAUCUAUCCUGGUGGCCCUUUCUUCUCAAAUCUUGUAGAUGCGGGUCUUCUUGUGUCUCUCGCUCGUACAGUUGAUGUUUACUGCCCUCCUAGCAAGAGGUCCCGAGUCACUGCUCCGCUGAUCCUCAGUGUUGGAGAGAAAGCUGCAGAGGGGAAACAGCAACCUCGGUCAAUUGACACUCUGCCUGACGAGUGCCUCUUUGAGAUCCUCAGACGGUUGCCGGGAGAUAAAGAAAGAAGCAACUCUGCUUGUGUCUCUAAACGUUGGCUCAUGCUACUGAGCAGCAUCUGUUCUUCUCAACUUAUUGGUAGGAUGAAGCCUAGCCUCCAAUCUGUGAACAAGCCCUUGCCAGAUCUGAAUGAGCAUCCGUCUGUAAAUGACCAGGAAAUUCAGAACAAUGGCUUUCUUACUAGGCGCUUGGAAGCAGAGGAAGCUACUGAUAUUAGACUCUCUGCUAUUGCACUGGGAACCUGUAGCCGUGGGGGACUGGGCAAACUUUUCAUCCAAGGAAAUGACUCAACUAAGGUCUCUGAUGUUGGGCUCUCUGCAAUUGCUCAUGCUUGCCCUUCACUUCGGGCCUUAUCUAUGUGGAAGGUACCAUUGGUCACUGAUGCUGGUCUACAAGAGAUUGCCAAUGAAUGCCCAUUGUUGGAAAAAUUAGAUCUUUGUCACUGUCCUCAGAUCUCAGACAAGGGCUUGAUAGCUGUUGCUCUGAAGUGCCCCAACUUGAUGACUCUCACUAUUGAAGCCUCCUCAAACAUAAGUAAUAAAGCUCUUCAGUUUGUUGGUCGUUGCUGUUCAAAAUUGAAAUAUGUUACUAUUAAAGACUGCCCAGAAGUUGGCGACCAAGGAAUUGCAAGCUUGGUCUCUUCUCCCUCGCCUUCGUUGGAAAGGAUAAAACUUCAAGCUUUGAACAUUUCUGACUUAGCCCUUGCAGUUAUUGGCCAAUAUGGGAAGAAUCUAAUAGAUCUGUCUCUGGUUAGCCUGAAGAAAGUGGGGGAGAAGGGAUUUUGGGUUAUGGGUAAUACUUGUGGGUUGCAGAAGUUGAGAUCCAUCAGUAUCACCUGUUGUAGCGGGCUUACUGAUAUAGGCUUGCAAGCUGUUGCAAAAGGUUCCCCAUUAUUGAAGCAGCUUUUUGUUCGCAAAUCUUGCUACCUAUCUGAUGCUGGCUUGAGAGCUUUUGCUGAAAAAGCUAGGGCACUUGAAAAUUUUCACCUUGAGAACUGUAACCGUGUAACUUUUUUGGGUGUCCUCAGUGUUCUUUCCAAUUGUCCAAAGUUGAACUCACUUGCCCUAAUGAGAUGCUUGGGCAUCAGAGAUUUACCUUAUGCCCCUGCCCAACUGCCAUCAUGUAUGUCACUUGAGUCCUUGAUAAUUCAGGAUUGUCCAGAUGUAACAAGUGCUAGCCUACAAAUGGUGGGGAAGAUCUGCCCCCAGUUACAGAAAAUAGACUUGGGUGGUCAAGCUGGAGUUACUGAUGCUUUGCUUAUCCCACUAAUCGAGAAUUCUAAAGUGGGUCUUGUGGAAGUAAAUUUAAGAGGUUGUGUUAAUGUUACUGAUGCAUUGAUCACCAUAUUAGCAAGGGCACAUGGAAGUACUCUGAAGAUGCUUAAUCUUGAUGGUUGUACAAAGAUCACCGACAGGAGCCUCAUGGCCAUUGCAAACUGUUGUUCUGUGCUUGAUGAUCUGGAUUUAUCAGGUUGCUCGAUAGGUAACUAUGGUGUGGCAGUUCUUGCAUCUGCAAAGCAGCUUAGCUUGCGUGUUCUCUCUCUUGCAAGCUGCUCAAUCACCACAAAAUGUCUGCCAUUCUUGGCAAAUAUGGGGCAGUCAGUAGUGGGCCUGAAUCUUCAGCAGUGCCGCUUGAUCACCAGUGAUGCAGUUGCGGUGCUUGAGCAAAAACUAUGGUGGUGCGAUAUCAUUUCCUAGAAGUAGAGAACACUAAACAAAUGGUGCAAGGGAGUUUCUUUGGAGUCUAGUCAUUGGACUUCUUUCAUGACCUUCAGCGCCAGAAAAGUGUGGAAAAACAUAAGUAUCUUUCAGUUUGUUUUUUGGUUCAUGUCCUCCGGACUUGGCCUUUCACCUUUUGGUCAAUUUCCAUGGACCUAUGGCUGAGUUCAUUUUUACAGUUGUUCUUGGAAAGGAACUCUGUUUUGAGGCGGCAAGCAGUCAUCCGAUCCAAUGGCUUGCUUUCCUCGAUUUUUGGCCUUGGUUAUGGAAUUACCAUAUUCAAUCCCGGUUUUGGUUGUAGUUUUCUACUUCCGAGCCUAGUUAUGUCAUGGUCUUAGAUGUUUCAACUGUGAUCCUGGUUCGUGUUACCAAGGAAGCUUUGAUAGUUUGCUUCUCUGGUGUUUUAGCCAAGUUAUCAUGUUGUUAAAGUCUGCAGGUUGAACUCGUGCUGAGUUUCAGGUGUGUUGAGUCCUUUGUUGUUUGCAGUGUGUGCUCGAUGUCAGCUCUGUAAUUCGGGUCUGUCCUCUGUAGUGUUGGUCCUGUUGGGUUGCUUUUGCACAGUUUGUUUGAUGCCUGAGAUUCAAGGUAUUUGGCUAUGGCUGCAUGUUAUUGAAGCAUUGCCAUGACAACCAUGUUUGGUUGUUUUUUCGCCAAAUCCUUUUUUUUUCCAGGUUGAUCAUGGACUGUAACGUUUGCAAUCUUCUCUAUGAUAAAAUAAACUGAUAUUUUAGUAUGAA